UAAAAUGGUAUUUGAUUGGAGUAAUUUCGGUUGGACUUUAUUUUGAAAACCGGAGCUUCGUACCGGAUGUAGACGUCGCUAGCUUUGCAGUGCUUGUUGUUUCCCCGGUGGACGCCUCCUCACAUCAGCCAGGCGACAUGUUUGACCCGCUGGAAAAUGGCCUGGAUAACAUUUCAGACUACGAUGCUGUGGAGGACGAAGCUUUCCCCCCUCUCCCGCCGCCUCUGUCUCCGGGCCAGGACGGACACGAUGAGGGAGACCCUUUUGGAAAUGGGGAGCAAGACGGCGACGUGUCCAAGCUGGCGGACGUUCCCGCUGCUAAAAGGAAAGGAGUGAAGAGGCCACAACCCAAGCUGGACUCUCACAGACUCACCUCAGACAGAGGACUUCCAGCUCUGCGAACGCUGUUUGAUGAUGUGCGUUUCAGAGGCAAAGGACACGAGGCUGAGGACCUGCAGCUGCUGAUGCAGAAGAUGGAGAACUGGGCCCACAGGUUGUACCCCAAACUGCAGUUUGAAGAUUUUAUUGACAAAGUGGAGAAGCUCGGCAAGAAGAAGGAAGUGCAGACGUGUCUCAAACGGAUACGACUGGACAUGCCGCUGACACACGAAGAUUUUAUGGGAAAUGAUGGUGAAGAAGAGGCAGCUCCUGAAUCGCACGUCUUCAGGGAUCCGGAUCCCUUUGACGACCUGACGGGGCCGCUCCACUCCACCCCGGCUCCAGCUGCCCCGCCUGCUGCCCCGCCCGCUGCCUCCCUGACCGACGAGCAGCGCCGACGCAUGGAGCUGAACAGACUGCAGGCCCUGCAGAGGAAGCUCGCCCGCCAGCAGCAAACAGACUCCCAGACUGUGGACUCGUCCACAUCUGCAGAUGAACCCACAUCUGUCUGCUCUGCAAGCGUCCUCAACAACUCUAAAGAUGAGGAUGAGGAGGAUUUAGACCUGGAGCCAACCAGCAGCAGCACACAACAAGCCAACCAGCUUCCUCACAAAGACUCUGAACCUUCAGCCGAGUCACCCGACUGUGACAAGCAGGAAGAAAACGGCCUGAGCCCGAGCCAUCAGGCCGGCGACGGGUGUGAGGACGGAGACUAAAGUGCAGCACACACUCUGAGUGUAGGAGCUGCUAACAGCCGACAGACUUCCUGUUUGAAAUACGUGUACAAUCGUGCUGUUGUGGCAGCAACAUUAAAUGGCAGUGAAUGUUUCCCUUUCACAGGAUUCUGUCUGGUUCCUCAAAUUCCAGUUUUUAGUGAAUCACCCCAGAUGUUGUUGUAAAUGAUCAUAUGGGCCUUACGGACGGUAACUACAGACCCGCCUGCAGCCGCGAGCGCCUUGUUCAUAACCCCGUCAGAGCAGCUUGAAAGGUCACUGCGGUGUUUGGGAUGGAUUUUUUUCUAGAGCCCAAUGAUACUAUAAAACUUAAUUCUGAGGGAUAUAUCCAUCAAUAUUCUUUAUAAAUAUGUAUAAUUUUAAAUGAUUGAUAUAGGAAAUAAGGAUAAAUAAAAAAAUCAAUGUGUCUUUUGUAGGCCAGUGUUGGCCAAUAGAAAUUGUUCGGGCUCUUGUCUCUUCUGACGUUCGGUUGGUUUAUUAUUGUUUAUUGUGUUCUUACUGUUUUUAAAAUGCCAACAACAAUAAACUGUUUCUUGUAAAUUGAA